AAGGAUCCGGUCUGUUGCUCGUAACAUCUACAACAGUCUGCAAAGUAAGAUUACGGAGUUUCUCAGAAAAGAUCUUCAAAGAUCAGACACAACACUUGGUUCAAUCCAAAUCUUUACAUAUCAAAGCAGUCCUGCAUCACAAAGAGCAAGUCUCGGCCAUCUUGAGGUCAACCAGAGCAGUGUUACACCUGGUGGAAACGAUGCCUGUGUGGACAUUCCGCACAAAUUACUAUCUAAAACCACUGAGCUCUCGGGAUCCAUGCUGGAGGAUAUUGGCACGAUCCGUUGUAGGAGUGCUGACAGCCAAAAUACAAGAAAUACCUCUUCUUCACGCUCCUCCAUCUCUCUAACACCUACUUCAAAAUUAAGGCAGUCGAAAUGGCACUUUGCCUUACCCGGGACUCCCAUCCCCACUGAGUUUCCUGCUCAGAUUGACUUUCCCAUUGUUAGAAACACAAUCAUUGAGGACUUCUUUCACACAGAGGACUUACUUCCUGUAAACUUUGUGGACAAAGUCAGGCAAGCUGCUGGGGUGGUAGUGGACAUUAUGGUGGAAAGUGUUGAGAACACACAGGAAGAUGGACAGGGUGCUUCUCAUCUUGACGACCUCCGAUCUGCUGUUAGGAAAUUGAGAAAAAUCAUUUCCACUUGGACCAUCCACAUUUUCAGUCAUGAAUUGGUGGAUAAAGUGAUAGCCCUUCAGGACAGCCACAGCACUCCACAGGUCUUAACAUUGGAAGCAGCCAAAAGUGCUUCAGACUCUAUUCUUUCAAGGCUGAAAUGGGGAAAGGAACAAUGUGCCAUAUCCAAGGAGCUCUCCUCUCAGCUUCUCCAGAUAUUUGCUGAAGAGACAGUGAAGUGCUUCCUGAGACAGUGGUCAGAUGAGUAUGAAAACAUAAACUUUGAUGUUUCAGUCCAGAACGAUCAAAAGACUUCUACUUGCAUGGUCAUUCUUCAAAUGAUCACCAAAGCCACUGCUAAAUGUUAUUUUGAGUCCACUACCAGCGUGGCCACCAGUGACAUUGUAGAAGGCGUGUUUGAUUUGGAAAGGGAUACCAUCAGCAGUACUGGAGAGCAGGUCCUCACCUUUAACACAAAGGGUUCCAAGAAAGUUAGUAAGAACCUCUGUCCUCAAGAGUCUCUGGAGUACCAGCCUCAGAACAUUUCCCCUACUGUGUACUUUACAGAGACGAUGACAACAUCUCAUGGCUCCUUUUCUCCAGAGGGAAUUUAUGAUAUCGCAUCGUCCUUCCCACUUGAAGAGAAGUGUCGCAAACCCUCCCUUUUCACCAGAUUGUCUAGAUCCAUCACGAAAGGCUUUCUGAGCCCAUUCAAAUCUUCAAGGAAAACCAAAUUAUUUAAAUAAAUUCCUUAUUAUAACAACGAGAGCAUUAAUUUGUUCAGAUGAGAAUCUAAUCGUAUUGGUCACAUAUGCAGAAAACAACUGUGAGAUGCUUUAUUACGAGCACGUUCCCAACAGUGCAGAGUUAAAAAAGUAAGAAAAUAUUUUGUAAAUAGUAACACAAUAACAAGGCUAUAUACAAGGAGUACCAGUACCGAGUCAAUGUGCAUGGGUGCGAGGUAGUCGAGGUAAUACAGUAUGUACAUGUAGGUAAGGGUAAAAGUGACUAGGCAAUCAGGAUAGAUAAUAAACACAGUAGCAGCAGCUAGUGUGAAAGUCGGUCAGUGUCACAGUGAAUGUGUGGGUAGAGUGUAGUGAGUGUGCAUCGACUGUUCAGCAGUCUGAUGACUUGGGGGUAGAAGCUGUUCAGCAGUCUAAUGACUUGGGGGUAGAAGCUGUUCAGCAGUCUAAUGACUUGGGGGUAGAAGCUGUUCAGCAGUCUAAUGACUUGGGGGUAGAAGCUGUUCAGCAGUCUAAUGACUUGGGGGUAGAAGCUGUUCAGCAGUCUAAUGACUUGGGGGUAGAAGCUGUUCAGCAGUCUAAUGACUUGGGGGGGGUAGAAGCU